GGGUCCGGAGUUGGAGGCUUUGGGCGGUCGCGGCGUCGCGCGCGGUGCCGGGGCCGGCGGGGAGGCGCGCGCUCGGGGCGCGGCGCCGGCGACGCUGCCACGCAGCGCGCUCCCGAGGAAGGGAGGUGUGGGGUCGCCUGGGGGUGGCGCGUGGCCGGGGUGGGGGUGGGGGGAGGGUCGGGUGUCGGCGAGCUCGGCGUGCGGGUUCCGAGCGUCUGAGGCGGCCUGGGCUGCCGGGGCCGACGCCUGGGUGGCUGCCGCCGCCGCGCCUGCUGAGAGAUGGCGAUCUUGGGCGCGGAAGGGUGAGGGCGCCCGCCGCAGGAAGAGGUGCCGUGCAGUGGCCGCCCGGCUGCCGGGAGCCGACAGCUUCGCGCCGGGGUUGUCUCCUCACAGACUAUGAGCUCCUUGAAAGAGGGAAUCGUGUCUUACUCAUCUUUGUAUCUCCAGUGUCUAGCAGUUCCUGAUACAUAGUUUUAGCCGAAUUUUGGGACAUGGCCACUGCUUCACCAAGGUCUGAUGCUAGUAAUAACCACAGUGGGAGGUUGCAGUUACAGGUAACUGUUUCUAGUGCCAAACUUAAAAGAAAAAAGAACUGGUUUGGAACAGCAAUAUAUACAGAAGUAGUUGUAGAUGGAGAAAUUAGGAAAACAGCAAAAUCCAGUAGUUCUUCUAAUCCAAAAUGGGAUGAACAGCUAACUGUAAAUGUUACGCCACAGACUACAUUGGAAUUUCGAGUUUGGAGCCAUCACACUUUAAAAGCAGAUGCUUUAUUAGGAAAAGCAACAAUAGAUUUGAAACAAGCUCUGUUAAUACACAAUAGAAAAUUGGAAAGAGUGAAAGAACAAUUAAAACUUUCCUUGGAAAACAAGAAUGGCAUAGCGCAAACUGGUGAAUUGACAGUUGUGCUUGAUGGAUUGGUGAUUGAGCAAGAAAAUCUAACAAACUACAGCUCAUCUCCAACCAUAGAAAUACAGCAAAAUGGUGAUGCCUUACAUGAAAAUGGAGAGCCUUCAGCAAGGACAAAUGCCAGGUUGGCUGUCGAAGGCACUAAUGGAAUAGAUAAUCAUGUACCUACAAGCACUGUAGUCCAAAACUCAUGCUGCUCGUAUGUAGUUAAUGGAGACAAUGCACCUUCAUCUCCAUCUCAGGUUGCUGCCAGACCCAAAAAUACACCAGCUCCAAAACCACUCACAUCUGAGCCUGCCGAUGAUACUGUUAAUGGCGAAUCAUCCUCAUUUGCAACAACUGCUAAUGCAUCUGUCAUGGGUACUCCAGUAGUGUCUGAAGAAAACGCCUUGUCUCCACAUUGCACUAGUACUACUGUUGAAGAACCUUCAGUUCAAGAAAUACUGACUUCCUCAGAAAACAAUGAAUGUAUUCCUUCUACCAGUGCAGAAUUGGGAUCUGAAGCUAGAAGUAUAUUAGACCCUGACACCUCUAAUUCUGGCAGUAGUUCUGCUUUUGAAGCAGCCAAAUCAAGACAGCCAGAUGGAUGUAUGGAUCCUGUACGGCAGCAGUCUGGGAAUGCCAACACAGAAACUUUGCCAUCAGGGUGGGAACAAAGAAAAGAUCCUCAUGGUAGAACCUAUUAUGUGGAUCAUAAUACCCGAACUACCACAUGGGAGAGACCACAACCUUUACCUCCAGGUUGGGAAAGAAGAGUUGAUGAUCGUGGAAGAGUUUAUUAUGUGGAUCAUAACACCAGAACAACAACAUGGCAACGGCCUACCAUGGAAUCUGUCCGAAAUUUUGAACAGUGGCAAUCUCAGCGGAACCAAUUGCAGGGAGCUAUGCAACAGUUUAACCAACGAUACCUCUAUUCGGCUUCAAUGUUAGCUGCAGAGAAUGACCCUUAUGGACCUUUGCCACCAGGCUGGGAAAAAAGAGUGGAUUCGACAGACAGGGUUUACUUUGUGAAUCAUAACACAAAAACAACCCAGUGGGAAGAUCCAAGAACUCAAGGCUUACAGAACGAAGAACCCCUGCCAGAAGGCUGGGAAAUUAGAUAUACUCGUGAAGGUGUAAGGUACUUUGUUGAUCAUAACACGAGAACAACAACAUUCAAAGAUCCUCGCAAUGGGAAGUCAUCUGUAACUAAAGGUGGUCCACAAAUUGCAUAUGAACGCAGCUUUAGGUGGAAACUUGCUCACUUCCGUUAUUUGUGCCAGUCUAAUGCACUACCCAGUCAUGUAAAGAUCAAUGUGUCCCGGCAGACAUUGUUUGAAGAUUCCUUCCAACAGAUUAUGGCAUUAAAACCCUAUGACUUGAGGAGGCGCUUGUAUGUAAUAUUUAGAGGAGAAGAAGGACUUGAUUAUGGUGGCCUAGCAAGAGAAUGGUUUUUCUUGCUUUCACAUGAAGUUUUGAACCCAAUGUAUUGCUUAUUUGAGUAUGCGGGCAAGAACAACUAUUGUCUGCAGAUAAAUCCAGCAUCUACCAUUAAUCCAGACCAUCUUUCAUACUUCUGUUUCAUUGGUCGUUUUAUUGCCAUGGCAUUAUUUCAUGGAAAGUUUAUCGAUACUGGUUUCUCUUUACCAUUCUACAAGCGUAUGUUAAGUAAAAAACUUACUAUUAAGGAUUUGGAAUCUAUUGAUACUGAAUUUUAUAACUCCCUUAUCUGGAUAAGAGAUAACAACAUUGAAGAAUGUGGCUUAGAAAUGUACUUUUCUGUUGACAUGGAGAUUUUGGGAAAAGUUACUUCACAUGACCUGAAGUUGGGAGGUUCCAAUAUUCUGGUGACUGAGGAGAACAAAGAUGAAUAUAUUGGUUUAAUGACAGAAUGGCGUUUUUCUCGAGGAGUACAAGAACAGACCAAAGCUUUCCUUGAUGGUUUUAAUGAAGUUGUUCCUCUUCAGUGGCUACAGUACUUCGAUGAAAAAGAAUUAGAGGUUAUGUUGUGUGGCAUGCAGGAGGUUGACUUGGCAGAUUGGCAGAGAAAUACUGUUUAUCGGCAUUAUACAAGAAACAGCAAGCAAAUAAUUUGGUUUUGGCAGUUUGUGAAAGAGACAGACAAUGAAGUAAGAAUGCGACUAUUGCAGUUCGUCACUGGAACCUGCCGUUUACCUCUAGGAGGAUUUGCUGAGCUCAUGGGAAGUAAUGGGCCUCAAAAGUUUUGCAUUGAAAAAGUUGGCAAAGACACCUGGUUACCAAGAAGCCAUACGUGUUUUAAUCGCUUGGACCUACCACCAUAUAAGAGUUAUGAACAACUAAAGGAAAAACUUCUCUUUGCAAUAGAAGAGACAGAGGGAUUUGGACAAGAAUGAAUGUGGCUUCUUAUUUUGGAGGAGCUCUUGCAUUUAAAUACCCCAGCCAAGAAAAAUUGCACAGAUAGUGUAUAUAAGCUGUUCAUUCUGUACAGUGAAUUUUUCAAACCUCUCAAAAGUAUGUUUUCCGUUCUUCCACAGAAAUAUGCAAAACAGUUCAUCCUUUUCUACUUUAUUUAUUGUUCCCUUGAAAUGACUGACCAGGAAAAAGAUCAUCCUUAAGUUCUGAAGCAAGUGACUUUAUUAAAAAUACGUUAUAUAUCUAUAUAAGCAUAUACGAUAGUGGCUCUAGUUUUAUAGAGCUCCAAGUGUAUUAAACAUGACAGCCGUUCAUUCACAAAGAUCUGGAUUUGCUUUAUCUUGUUAAUAUUAUCUAGGGGAAAAAGUGCAAAUUGCUCCAUGUUCUUCUCUCCUUUACGUAACAUCUCCUGAGGGUGUUUAGUUGCAUGGCUAUUCAGGAAGGUAUUAAGGGCUUAGGCCAAAUCUUACUUUGAAUAUGUUUAAAAAAAAAAAAAAUGCUGCUGGCUUUUCUGAAGAUAGGUGCUUGAACCUGUCAGAUUGUUUUAAAUAAAUACAAUAGUUGAAAAUUUUUUCCCUAUUACAUAAUAUUGUCAAAACAAUGGAUAAAACCGUGACUUACACAUGAAACUCAUAUACUAGAUCUGAUACUAUUUAGUUUAUUAUCGAAAUUGGAAGGAUUCAUUGAGCAGCACAGAAGUCUGUUUACAUGUUACUUUGGGAUGCUAGGUAUUUGUGGAAUUAAAAAGAAUCAGGCACUUUUGUACUUUGUUUUAAAAUCUGUGUUCUUCAAAAUUUAAUUCCUAAUAAACUGAUGCAGUUUCAUACUUAGGAACAUAUAAAAGGUAAUGUGAACUCUGCCACGUUUUUUGUGUUCAAAGUUUUGGUUUUAUAAAGCCAGAUGGAUUGAAGAGUUACAUAAACAUUUGAAUGCUCUAACAAAUAUGAGGCUAAUGAUUUUCUGUUAGUGUUUGAAUAUCUUCAUUCCUCUCAAAUUCGUAACAGCUCUAUUUAUCUGAAUUAAAUAAGCAUAUAAAAA